AUGAUACCACCGAACGCUUCUCUCGUCAAAUAUGACAACCCUGUGUUGGUCAGCAGAAAUACCGACAAAAAGACGCCUAGGGCAAAGGCCCUCAAGGCAAGUCCUACUCCUCCAGCCAUUGCUGGACCUGUGCCUCAGCCCCCAGGCAAGGCCAAGGGAUCCCCCAUGGAUGCAAAGGCUGCACAACAGACAGAUGAAAUUCUCAACUCCAUCUUACCUCCACGAGAGUGGACAGAAAGUGGUCAGCUGUGGGUGCAGCAAGUGUCCAGUACACCAGCAACCAGGUUGGAUGUGGUCAAUCUUCAGGAGGAGCUAGACAGAAGGCUGCAACAAAGACAGGCCAGAGAAACAGGAAUUUGUCCAGUUCGUCGGGAACUAUACUCACAGUGUUUUGAUGAGUUGAUACGCCAGGUCACCAUCAACUGUGCCGAGCGAGGACUUCUCCUUCUGCGAGUGCGGGAUGAGAUCAGGAUGACAGUGGCAGCCUACCAGACUCUUUAUGAAAGCAGUGUAGCUUUUGGCAUGCGCAAGGCCUUGCAAGCUGAGCAGGGCAAGUCAGACAUGGAGAAGAAGAUCUCUGACCUUGAAACUGAUAAACGAGAUCUUGAAAGGCAAGUGAAUGAAUUGAAGGCCAAAUGUGAGCAGAUUGAGAAACGUGCAUUAGAACAAAGGCAGGUCGAGGAAAAGAAGCAUACAGAGGAAAUCCAGUUUCUGAAGCGAACCAAUCAACAACUCAAGACACAACUAGAAGGGAUAAUUGCACCAAAGAAGUGA